UAAAGGCUUAUACGCGUAGUAAGAUCCACUUCCUAGUCAUGAAGAUGCAUUCAUUCAUACAUCCCUGACGAUCAUCUCCAUCUAUUCAUUCUCAACACAAAAAUGGCCGAUAAAGAUAAUGCAAAUCCAGUUAUUCAUGCACAAGCACAAAAAUCACAAAGGAUAGACGAUUCAGCAAGAACGGAAUGGUGGCGAGAUGUUGCAUUGACGGGUAAUUCGAUCAAUACAAAUUCUACAAAAUCAUCUUUUGCCACUUUGCCGGAUUAUGAUUCUGGAUAUGCAGAAUCAGAUGAUUACGAUUUGGCGGCAAUUGAUGAAAAGAACGCUGCCGAUCCAUCAAAUAAAAUUGGAGAGAAGGAUGUGAUCGAUUCUGAAGAAGUUUUCGAUCUCGUACGUUCAAUAUCCGAUCCUGAACAUCCUCUAUCAUUGGAACAAUUGGCAGUGGUAAAUGUUGAGCAUGUCACCGUUGAUGAAGGUGACUCCGUUACACACAAACCACCAACAGUAUCUAUUGCUUUGACACCAACUAUCCCACAUUGUUCAAUGGCAACACUGAUUGGUCUAACUGUUCGCGUUCGUCUCUUGCGUGCUCUGCCUUCACGAUACAAGAUUGAUGUACGGGUUCGACCAGGUACACAUCAAUCAGAGAACGCAGUCAACAAACAACUUAACGACAAGGAAAGAGUGGCAGCCGCUCUGGAAAAUCAGCAUCUUCUGGGCGUUGUAUCAGAUUGCUUAGCAACUGCUGGAAGAAGAGGAGCUUCCGAAGAAGAAGCUCUCAAACGAGCAGAUGAAUUGGCUAUUGAAUUAGGCUUGACUGCCUGAACACCUUUGUUAUAUUUCACCAUGUAUUAUACACUGUUUAGAUGAUUGCAAUUUGUACAACUUUUCAAAAGCGCAAAAGCAAAGAAAGUUGAAAAGGUAAAGAAGCAUCGGUAACUGUAAUUUCAUCACCUUCCUCUAAUCCUAAAGCAG